AUGAAGAACGUCCAGGUCAUAAGUACGCUACUAAUAGAUCAUUCGCAUCAUAGAACAUUCCACGGGGGAACUCAAUUGACUCUCGCUGAUCUACGGAGAUCUGUCUGGAUAGAAGGUGGACGAGUUCCAGUCAGGUCUCACAUUCUUCGCUGCGUCGUGUGCACGAUACAUAGAGGUGUUCGUACACAACAACUAAUGGGACAAUUGCCAUCCACUCGUGUAAGACCAUCAAAAGCUUUCUUACACACGGGAAUAGACUACGCUGGGCCAGUAACACUGAAGACGUUUCAAGGUCGAGAAUUUCGAAGAUUUACUAGUCGGAGAGGCGUCUGCAGUACCCUAUACUCGGACUGUGGUACAAAUUUUGUAGGAGCAGACGCCACGCUAAAGAAAGAAUUCGCAGCAAGAUCGAGACAGCUAAAGGAACUUCAGUAUUUACUCACUACAGAUGGCACAGACUGGAAGCUCAACCCCCCAAGCGCUCCCCAUUUUGGUGGCAAAUGGGAAGCAGCCGUUAAGUCAAUCAAGUUCCAUCUCUUAAGUAUUGGUGAAUCGCUAUUUACUUACGACCAAUUCGCUACAGUUUUAACACAGAUUGAAGCUGUGUUAAAUUCAAGACCGAUCGCUCCGAUAUCCAAAGAUUCUGCAGAUUUAACCGCUUUGACUCCCGGACAUUUUCUCAUUGGUGAACCGCCAAUUGCUAACUUCUGA